AUGGAGCAGCUGCAGCCCCCCUGUGUCCAGCAGCACACAGAACCUGACCGUACACCACCUACGCCUGAAAAAGUUCCUGUCUCCUUCAUUGACACUCUUCUGGAUUCCGACACCAGCAGUGAGGAAGAAGCCAAGGAUGGAGAUGUUGAGGAGCUCACUAGGAAAGUCAGGCAGGAGGUCCUCACCCACGACUCCGUGAAGCUGAUCAAGUUCGCGGACGACACCACCCUCAUUGGACUCAUCUCCAACAACGAUGAGUCCGCCUACAGGAGGGAGGUGGACCGGCUGGUGUCCUGGUGCAGUGGUAACAACCUGGAGCUGAACGCCCAGAAGACAGUGGAGAUGAUUGUGGACUUCAGGAAGAGCACUGUCCCCCCGCCCCCACCCUCCGUGAUGGACUCCCCCAUCACCUCUGUGGAGUCCUUCCGUUUCCUGGGCACCACCAUCACCCAGGACCUCAAGUGGGAGCCGACCAUCAGCUCCCUCAUCAAGAAGGCCCAGCAGAGGAUGUACUUCCUGCGGCAGCUCAGGAAAGCCAAGCUGCCUGCACAGAUGUUGGUGCAGUUCUACACGGCCAUCAUCGAGUCCAUCCUCACCUCCUCCAUCACCGUGUGGUUCGCUGGAGCCACAGUCAGGGACAAACAGAGACUACAGCGCAUUGUGCGCUCUGCAGAGGAAGUGAUCGGCCGCAGCCUUCCAUCGCUGCAGGACCUGCAGGAGGCUGCGGUCCAUCAGGACUAG